AUGCUGCAGACGCGCACUGGCAAGCGGACCGCACACGCAGCGCUGCAAAUCGCUGUGGACAUGGCCAACGAAGGUCUCAUCUCCAAGUCGCAGGCUUUGAUGCGCUUGAAACCCGAGCUCAUCGACCAGCUGCUUCACCCCACUUUGGACCCAAAGGCCAAGAAGCAGGUCAUCGCCAAGGGCCUCCCAGCUUCCCCUGGUGCAGCAGCAGGGAAGGUUGUCUUCACCGCUGACGAGGCAGUCCGCCGGGCCAAGGAUGGUGAGAAGGUGCUGCUGGUGCGGAUCGAGACCAGCCCGGACGACAUCCACGGCCUGCACGCAGCAGAGGGUGUCCUGACCACCCGGGGCGGCAUGACCAGCCAUGCAGCUGUGGUGGCGCGGGGCAUGGGUCGGCCCUGCGUGGCCGGGGCGGGUGCCGUGCAGGUGGACUAUGCGGCAGCCCGGCUCAGCGUGGGGCCCGUGACAGUGCAGGAGGGCCAGAUCCUCACCAUCGAUGGUGUCACCGGGGAGGUGAUCCUUGGGGAGGUGCCCACAGUGCCGCCGCAGAUGUCGGGUGCCUUUGGCACCAUCAUGGCAUGGGCGGAUGAGUACCGCACGCUGCAGGUGCGAGCGAAUGCGGAGACGCCCAACGACGCCCGUCAGGCCAAGGAGUUCGGGGCGCAGGGCAUUGGCCUGGUGCGCACGGAGCACAUGUUCUUCGACGGUGGGCGUAUCAUCUCAAUGAGAAGAAUGAUCUUGGCGGCAGACGAGGGGGACCGGAAGGCUGCACUGAAGGAGCUGUUGACCAUGCAGCGCGAGGACAUCACGGAGCUGUUCCGGAUCAUGGACGGGCGCCCGGUGACGGUGCGGCUGCUGGACCCGCCGCUGCAUGAGUUCAUCCCCCACACUGAGGCCGAGAUGGCGCAGGUGGCCAAGGCCGCCGGGGUGCCGCUGAACCGGGUGCGGCGCCGCGCCACGGAGCUGCAAGAGGCGAAUCCCAUGUUGGGCCACCGGGGCUGCCGCCUGGCCAUCACCUACCCCGAGAUCUGCGAGAUGCAGGCGCGGGCCAUCUUCGAGGCUGCGGCCGCCGUGGGCAAGGCCGGCGGCGCCGUGCCGGUGGCUGAGGUCAUGGUGCCGCUGGUGGCCACCCUGCAGGAGCUGAGCAUUUUGAAGGAGGUGGUGGAGAAGACUGCCGCAGCUGUGCAGAAGGAGCAAGGCAUGAACUUCACUUACCGUGUGGGCACCAUGAUCGAGCUGCCUCGGGCCUGCUUGCAAGCAGGCAAGUUGGCCGAGCAGGCUGAGUUCUUCAGUUUUGGCACCAAUGACUUGACGCAGACCACCUACGGCCUGAGCCGGGACGACGCAGGCGCCUUUCUGCCCGAGUACAAGGCCAAGGGUAUCGUGGAGCAGGACCCCUUUGUGAGUCUCGACCAGGAGGGUGUCGGCGAGCUGAUCAAGGUGGCCGUGGAGCGCGGCCGCACAGCCCGAGACGGCAUGAAGAUGGGCAUUUGCGGCGAGCACGGCGGCGACCCGGCCUCCAUCGAAUUCUUCAACAAGGUGGGCCUGGACUACGUGAGCUGCUCGCCAUUCCGGGUGCCCGUGGCGCGGCUGGCGGCGGCGCAAGCGGCCCUGAAGCUGCGGGGCGAGAAGGCGCUGCAGCCAUCCACCAAGGCGGCCAAGCCACUGCAGCCCACCUUCGGCCCCUGGUGA